CAGAGACCAUGGAGCUGUGGAGGCGGCUGGGUCAGGCUGGACUGGUGCCUCCGGAGCUGGGCCCACCCCCCCAGGCCCUGAGGGAGGUCCCCCCAGUGGAAAUCCCUGGUCAGACUCUAAGGACUGCAGGGGCAGACACUGGAGGUGCCUGGAAUAGUCUGCUGUGGAUCAGGGAGGAGCUGGAGAACCUGCGCCGAGUUGAUGUCCAGCUGCUGGGACAGCUGUGCAGCCUGGGGCUGGAGAUGGGGGUGCUGCAGGAGGAACUGGUCACCAUAUUGGAGGAGGAGGAGGAGAGCAGCGAGGAAGAGGAGGAGGAUCAAGAGCCCCAGUGGAAGCAGAAGGAGGAACACCUGGAGGCCUUCCCAGCCCCACACCCCCCUGACUUUGAGAUGAUGAUCUGAGGCUCUGCCAGUGCAUUUAGGUUGACAUACAAAUUAGAUGCAAAUGUAUGCAAAGGGGAGGGAAGAUUUGCAGGUCAAAUCAGAUGUGGAAUCAAGUUUACCCCUUUAGUAAGUGCUUUCUCUGAAGAUGCCUGCAAUGAGAUUUAGACAUUGGCCUGUGAGCUACGGGUGUGUUGGCAGAUGACAUGAGGAUGUGUUUGGAGGUGAUGUGGGAGGUUGUAGAGAAGUUGCAGGUGCUUUUGCGGAUGAGCCUCAGCUGUGCUGCUGAGAUGGGGUCUCUGCAAAUAUGAUGGUGAUGCAUACAGAUGGGAUUUCAGAUCAACGCUGUCCAGUAUGGUAGAUGGACAGCGGACACACACAGCUAUUUAGCGCUUGAAACAUGGGGAGUCCAAAUUGAGAUGUGCUGUGAGUGUAAAAUACACACCAAAUAUUAAAGGCUUAGUAUGAUGAAAAUAACACAAGACAUCUCAAUCAUGUUUAGAUUAUUUGUUGAAAUAAUAAUAUUUUGAUCAUAUCAGUAGUAGUAAAAAUAUUACUAAAAUUA